AUGUACGCAGCUCACGCCCCACCGAAACCCGAUGAUACCGGCAGCUCGAGAUGCGAAAAAUGCUCGGCUGGCUCAGCAGAGUGGAAGUGUCUCUCUUGCUUCGGCCGGCCGGUGUUCUGCGAAUCCUGCUGCCUGCGGGAACACGCCCGCCUGCCAUUCCACCGUUUGGAACGUUGGACGGACACUUUCUGGGUCCCUUCCUGGCUUCGCUCCCUAGGCCUUCAGAUCCACCUUGGUCACGAAGGCUCUCCCUGUCCGUGUGUUGAGCACCCCGACAAUGAGAGUGACUGGUCGGACGACGAGUCCUCCAGUGAGUCCGAGAGCGGUGAGGAGGACGAGGAAACCCUCGGGGAUCCGCUUCGUGAUGCAGCUGGGGGUGAGCGGGCUCCGGAAAUGCAUAUGACAAUUGUCGAUACGUCCGCCGUCCAUUUCCUCCGGGUCGAAUGCUGCCGUUGCCCUCGGGCGGAAUCAGUUCGUGGUCAGCUCCUCCAGGCCGGGCUUUACCCAGCAAGCCAGCUGAAUGUCAAAACGUGCUUUACCUUCGACGUACUGGACGACUUUCUGCUUGACAAUCUGGAAUGCAAGACAUCCGCGAUGAACUAUUAUCGCCGACUGCGCCGGAAGACCAAUCCGGCCUUCCCGCAUCGUGUGCCGGAUCGCUAUGCGGAAUUCAUGCGUGCCACCAGACAGUGGACUCUGCUCCGGGCUAUGAUGCAGUUCGGAUUUGGUCCGAAAUGGCGGGGGGAACCGGGGACUGGCGAUCUUGCACUAUUCUGUGCUGCCUGCCCCCAGCCCGGAGUGAACAUUCCGGACGACUGGGACAGUGACCCGAAUGCGUACAUUUACGCCCGUGGUUAUGUCAUGGAUGGCAACUUCUCCGCCGAGCAUACGAAGAUGCGGAAGCCGGGCAACGAUGUUCCGCUUAUGCCCGGGAAGGCGUUCAUGGUGACGGAUGAUGAAUUGGCUCCCCAUUUGAAGUCAUCCACGGACAUUAAAAUGAAACCGACAUGCAAUGACCACCAAGCUAUCGCUCGGGCCAAUGCUCAUCGGCACAAAUUACAGUCUACCGGGAUUGGGGCAACGGCUUGCUCACGCCAUGGAUGCUUUUUUCCACAUGGCGUUGUCAACUUCCAGGCCGGUGAGCGGCAGAAGAACAUGGAUUACACGCUGUCGGAAGCUAUGAGUUACCGAUCGGACAGCAUUCGGAACGCCAUUGUGCUUUACGACGUGAUGUGCCAAUAUGGAGUGCACCUCCCAAAACGCUUCAAGGACGGUCCGUGUCUCCGGAUGCCACGCGGCCUCACGCUUUACCUCGGCAUCGGCUUGUUCCAUGUACAUGGCCACCAGUCGAAGUGCCUGCUCCGGCACGCCCCAACGUUCAUGCGCGGCGCGGGACAAGUCGAUGGGGAGAUCGUCGAAACACUGUGGUCUCCAUUGGGUAAGGUGUUUGGAAGUACUCGGACAAUGGCUACAUCGCAUAGGCAAGAAACUCUCGACCGCCAUAUGAACGACUGGAAUUGGAGGAAAAUGGUGUCAAUAGGGUCUUACACAGGUGCAGUCCCAGCCCUGAAGAAACGCAUUGCCGCCAACCGGUUGCUCCUUGAGAGCUUCCGAGAGGCGCUGGAGGAUCAAGAAGCCGGGAUCGACGAUGAAAUCCUCGCGCAAUGGAUGUCAGCGGUUGCGGAAGCCCACAAAAAACGUGUGAACGAUGUAUCAGUGAUGGACAAAUUUGAGGUUCAGGGCCAGCAUGCACCGUCAAGAGCAGAAAUCCAAAUAACUCUGACUGAAAACGAAGGUGAUAACAACACAAUCGUCGGGUCAGCCGAGUGGAUGGUUGAGGGGAUGAGGAUUGAGGAUUCACAAAUUGCGCUGCAGCGGGUCGUCAGGGCGUAUGGGGCAAAGACAACGGCGGAGCAGCGUCUGAAUAUCGCCAAGCAGAGGAAGAGGCUCGAACUCCGGAUCGAGCGAUUCCUACGGAAGGGAGAGGAGAUUCUGUGUACGAACGACUGGGAAGACGGCCGGCAGCAUACCGAGAACAAUGGCACAGCAGCCGUCGGCCAGAAUGCCACCGGAAAUCGUACAGCUCCUACCCCGAAAGCAAGAAAGCGAGAUGGAAGAGAAGCGGAGUGGCGGCCACUGUCACUUCCAUCCUCCUAUCCCGCGAGCACGAUCUUGACUGCGGCAGUGCAGCCGUAUGCGAAAGCUGAACUGGAGCUCCGAAUUGGCCAAGCAAACGACAUCUUGCACCAAUUGCGGAUAUUGCUGAGUCAAAAAUCGUUUGUAAUGCGUGCGAAGGUGCGCGAUGCCAAGUCUCAGACUCGGAAGACUCGGGCAUGGGCGGAUGUCCACUCGGUUCAAAAAGGAGUCGAACACCAUGCCCGGAUGUAUAGGAAGGUGCGGCAUGCGAUGACAGCGCUGGGAGCACCACCUGCGACGAUGCGGAAAUACCAGAAAUUGGUGCCCGACGAUCUAAAAAUAAGCACAGCAGUUGUAGAACCGAACCAACGAGGGCAGCGACACACCCGGCUACCGUGGCUAUGGACGACUGAUGUUCAAGGCGAUAUGAGUGCAAGCGAGACGAUGACGGAAUUACACCGUGUGCAUUGGUUCCGAGCACGGUCACAGUUCGAGCGAGCGGAAGAAGAGGACAAUAUCCUGCGCCGGGAGUUGGAUUCCGUGCGGAGGUACUUCGAUUACGAGAUGACAAGGUGGUCGGGUCAUGCCGCCCACCGGAAGAGUGGAAGGUAUCCUGGGUAUGCGGAGGUGUGCCGUCAGAGACAACAUAUGUACAAAAUGCUCCACAAAGAUGCUGACACUGCUUAUGGUAUCAUGUACCUCGGGCGGUAA